AUGGAACACCGCGUCGGCGCCGUCGUGACGAGGCCCUGUCUGACACACCGCUGGUCAGCCGGUUGGUGGUGGGACGUCGCAUCGACAUCGUCUAGACGAGGCUCCGCCUGGUACGCCGUUGAUCAGCCGGUGGGAUGGAUCUCCGAACUGGCACCGUCGACACGCGCCCAUCUGGUGCACCGUAGGAGACCGCAGGCUUGCGGCAAUGCCGUAAGCCAUCGGCAAAUUCGAGUCGUUCUUCCACUGCCAAAAAAACUCGUGGCCCACAGUGGAGUUCGGCCGCGCCGGCACAUCAAGCAGCCCCUAUUCAGGGGUCAGGGCACUGCUUCAUUCGUGGGGGCCUGGAAAAGCUGGUCUAAAAAUUGCUGGGGAACCACGUCGUCUGCUGGCGCACCGUGGUCGCAGACGCAAAACUCACAGUCGAAACAAUCAAACUCGAAACAACAACAACAACCAUACGCAUUCUCCUCAUCCUACCUCUUCUAUCUCUACCUCCGUCUAUUCUUCUGCCUAUUCUUCUCCUUCGUCAUCUUCUUCUCCACCUCCUUCCCAUCGCCCCACUCGUUUUCCCCAGACUGACAGGGUGAGCCCGCUCACUCUGGCAGCCUGGAAUGUUCGUUCCCUUUUAGACAAUCCGAGGAGCAACCGACCGGAACGGAGGACGGCGCUAGUGGCACGAGAACUGGCGCGCUACAAGGUGGACAUCGCCGCACUCAGCGAGACCCGAUUCUCCGAACAAGGCCAACUGGAGGAGGUGGGUGCCGGUUAUACCUUCUUCUGGAGUGGCCGACCCAGGGCAGAGCGACGAGACGCGGGCGUCGCCUUCGCCAUCCGGACCGACAUCGUGAGACGACUGCCCUGUUUGCCGCAGGGCAUCAACGAUCGCCUGAUGAGCCUCCGCCUGCCUCUCUGGGGAGGCAAAUUCGUCACCAUCAUCAGCGCCUACGCUCCGACGAUGACCAACCCCGACGCCGUCAGAGACAAAUUCUACGAGGACCUGCACGCCCUCUUGGCGACUGUGUCGAAGGCGGACAAGUUGAUUGUCCUUGGUGACUUCAACGCCCGCGUCGGCACAGACCAUACUGCCUGGAGGGGAGUGCUGGGUCCCCACGGUCUCCGCGGCUCCAACGACAACGGCCUGCUUCUCCUCCGCACCUGCGCAGAACACCGCCUCACCCUGACGAAUACCUUCUUCUGUCUGCCGGUGCGAGAGAAGGCCACCUGGAGGCAUCCUCGGUCGCGUCAGUGGCACCUGCUGGACUAUGUCCUCGUCCGGAGGCGAGAUCAGCGGGACGUGCUGGUGACGAAGGCGAUCGCGGGUGCUGACGGGUGGACCGACCAUCGCCUCGUCAUCUCGAAGAUGCGUAUUCGCCUACAGCCUAGCAGGAGACCACAAGGUAAGCGACCCCCAGAUAAGCUGAAUGUUGCUUUGUUGUCUUUGCCUGCUCACCGUCUCCAUUUCAGCAAUGAGCUAGCUCAACGGCUAGACAACCUUCCUAUCGCUGCCGCCGCCGACGACGCCACCGCCGCUGCCGAGACCGCCUCCGUGGAGAACCGCUGGUGUCAACUGCGUGACACAGUCCAGUCGACGGCGCUCGCCGUCCUCGGUCGCGCUCCCCGCCAACACCAGGACUGGUUCGACGACAACGACGCUGCCAUCAGAAAUCUGCUUGCCGAGAAGAACCGCCUACACAAAGCCUACGUAGAGCACCCAACUGAGGGCAACAAAGCUGCCUUCUACCGCAGUCGCCGCCAGCUUCAGCAAUGA